CGCACGUCGUCGGGUAGGCACGCUCGUCGUCGUUCGACGCGUCGCGCGUCCUAGUCGACGUCUCGGAGCGAGCGCGCGUCGCGCGCGCGCGUCGUCGCGAACCCGACGCGGCGGCGACCCCGCCGGCUUGCCUCCUACCAGUCGGGGAGCGCCCCGCCCCGUCGGAUUCUAAAAGGAGAUCGAAGCAUCUAAGCUUCGCGACGACGCCGGCGGUCGCCAUGGACACGGAGACGAUCCUCAUGAACCACCGCCCGCCCGAGGAGCCGGACAAGCAGACGAUGUCGAUCGAGGCGCUCAUGGAGGGCUGCCCCGCGGCGUUCAUCGACUUUUACUACCUCACCACCGCGGGCGACGGCGUCGCGGACGAUCAGCCCAGCGCGGCGCAGGUCGCCGCGCGGCUCGCCGCGGGGCAGGCGGCCGACGCGCUCGACGCGAAGAAGAUCGAGGAGUUCAUCGACGACGAGGUCGAUCCGGAGCACAUGCCGUUCGUCCGCGACGCGCUCGUGCACGCGGAGAGCAGCGCGAGGGAGGGCGACGACGCGGGCACGCAGGAUGCCUUUCGAUCCAUCGCGGAGUUUUUCUUGAAAGUCGGCGACCCGCGCAAGGGCAUCUUCUUCUACGAGAAGCGCCUCAAAGCCGCGAGGAAGGCGAAAGACCCCGCCGCGGAGAUGGUCGCGGACGGCGACCUCGGUAGGGUGUACGAGUCCAUGGGCGACAUCCCGCACGCGAUCGCGGCGUACGAGCGACUCGUCGCCGUCGCCGCCGCCGACGGCUCCCGCGACGACGUCUCUUCCUCGCGAAGGCAUCUCAUUCGCGCCUACAACGCCGCCGCGGACGCGAAGACGCGCGAGGGCGACGGCGACGGCGCGGUGCGCUUCCUCACGAGCGCGCUGGACGUCGCGAGGAAGGAGGGCGAGAGCGACGGCGGCGUGCUCUUGGAGGCGGACGCGAACUACCGGUUGGGACUCGCGCUCGCGAGGAUCGGCGAGCACGCCGCGGCGUUGGAACGCCAGGACGACCACCUGACACUGUGUGCGCGGAAAGCCUCCCCCGUCGACGCGGUGGGCGCGGGGAAGGCGCGACGCGCGCUCGCGGCGUCGCGGCUCGCGAUGCGCGACGCCGCGAUCGCGAGCGGCGAGACGGCGGCGGCGGAAGCGCAUCAGAGGGAAGCGGCGCGAUGCCUCGAGUUUUUUCUGGACGGGGAGCCGCCGGAUAACGGCGGCGGCGGCGGCGGCGGGAUGAGCGCGAUCCUCCUCGCGAAAGCGCGCGAGGCGGAGACGGAGGAGGAGAGCGGAGGCAAGGGCGUCGUGAGGGACCCGGGCGCGGACGCGCGGGCGUGGUGCACGCUCGGGAAGAUUCGAAGCGCGGAGGGCGAACACGCCAAGGCGGCGAGUUGUUUCGAAAAGUUUUUUGAGCUCGCGCGCGGGCUGAGCGACCAGCGGUUGCUCGACGUCGCGCGGAUAAACCUCGGGAUCGCGCGCGGGAAGGUGAAGCAAGAGAAGUUCAUGAGCACGGUGCUUCACGCGGGGGAGGAUGGCACGAAGGAAGGGAGCGAGGCGUUGGGGAACUUGUUGAGCUGGAAAGUCGCGCGCGCGUGA